AUGGAAGAUAGUCUCAAGCGUGAUCCUGAAGCUGCCGCCCGAGCAUUCCUUAAAUUAAGCCCAGAGGAACAGGCUGCCGCUGCCCAUACUGGUGGCCCUCCUGUCGGCAUUGAUAUUACUGGAACAAAAUGGGAACCCAAGGGGUGUGAAGAGAUUGGAGGUCCAGAUGCACAGUCAUUCAUUGAACUCCCAGACGGCACAUAUCACGGCCUUGGCCCCGGAGUCCUCCAAGUUUCUGAAGAAGAGCUCCAGCGACAGCUGAAGGCCAAGGGCAAGCCAGCUCUGUCCGACAAGAGGAUUGCAGAGCUACGUGAAAAUGGGUUCUUGGAGUGA